CCGGAAGAGACGUAAUGAACGACAUCUUGGUUCGUAAUCUAUGAGUGCAAAAUCGAAUGUGUUAAAGACUCAAAAGCAAGGUUAACCGCCAAAUAGAUUUAACAGAUGGCUUUUUUCCAUGGAAAUCCGCUUUUUACUGUAGGGCCAAAUUUUCAAAACGAACGAAUAAAUAUUGUUCCUGGUAGUUUUAACAACUAUGUUCCUGGAUUUGAUGAUCCAAAUCGCAGUUAUGGCAUUGACCCAAAUUUUCACAAUGUAGAUCUUUUAAAUCGUGUUGAUCCCAUGCCUCCUGGCAUAGAUAAUGCUUAUCAGAGUAGAGAUAGAGGAAGAGAAAGAGACAGGGAACAAAGAGAUAUAAGAAGUCGUGAUGAUAGAGACAGGGGAAGAGACAGAGACAGACGCCGUAAUGAUCAUGAUCGAGAUAGAGGAAGAAGUGACUGGAGCCAGGAUCGUGAUAAUGGCCGCUCUGGAAGACACAGAGACAGGAGUGGAAAUAGAGACAGAAGUCCUAUGUCUGAUGAUGGUGAUAGAAGUGGAUCAUCAGAUAGAUUCCGCAACAGAGAUUCUGAUCCUCGAGAUUUAUCCCGCUCUUCAGAAGAUAAAGGGGGUGAUAAAUGGGUAUGCGCCCAACCCUCACGCACAAUUAUUCUCAGAGGGUUACAUUUUGAUAUAGAUGAAAAACUUAUUGGUGCUGAACUCAUGAUGCUUGGUCUCCCUGUUAAGGAUAUUCGUUUAAUUCGAAGAUCAUCAGGUGUCUCUCGAGGCUUUGCUUUUGUGGAGUUUCAUAACGUAGCCGAUGCACAGCGCUGGAUGGAACACACACAGGGAAACCUUGUGCUAUUGAAUCAGUAUCGAGCUGUAAUGGCCUACAGUGUUACUCGUGAUCGAGGUGGUAACAGAGAUGGUAACCUUCAAAGAAAUGAUUGGGUCUGCAUUAAGUGUUUAAGUCACAAUUUCAAGCGCAGAGAUUUCUGUUACAAUUGCAAUCUUUCUCGGAAGGAGUCUGAGAAAGGCAAAUCUUCUGAUGGGCAAGAUGAAAUUGGAAUUAACCCUUGCAAUACAUUAAUCUUUAGAGGUCUUGAUGCACUAACAACAGAAGAAGGUUUAGUCACAGCUCUGACACAGGCUUUUGCCCCAACACCAUUGGCACCAAUAAAGAAUGUAUCAAUCAUACGAGAUGAUCUUGGCACUUCUAGGGGUUUUGGUUUUAUUGAGUUUCAUUCUGUAGCUGCUUCAACUGUUGUAUUAGAUUCUUUAAAUAAACUUGAUCCACCUUUAGAAGUUGAUGGGAAGCAGCUUAUUAUCAAUUAUGCAAAGAAUACCUACAACACUACAAUGGCAUACAUUCAACAGUCUCAUUUACAGAGUGGUCAGUACUAUGAUCCUGUAACUCAUCAAUACUAUGAUUACUCACAGUUGUAUGGUCAGGGGACUUCAUCUGCCAGUUCUUCUAGCACAGCCUCUAGUUCCAAAAAUGAGAAUACAACAAACACAGCUGCAGCAGUUGCACAAGCUGCUAUUCAGCAAGCACAGGCUGCUAAACAUUUUCAAAAACAGAUACAAAAAAAGAUCUUGGGAACAACUGGUAAUGAAACAGUAACUGUAAAUGGUAUUGAGUAUCCUGUUUACCCUGCACCUGACACAUCAAGUUACCAAUAUGAGGAAACGUCAGGAUACUACUAUGAUCCAUUAACACAGUUAUACUAUGAUGCUAAUUCACAGUAUUACUACAACUCAACCACGGGUCAGUUCAUGUAUUGGGAUUCAGAGAGGUCAACAUAUUUACCUGCCCCUACAAAUGAAGAUGGUAAUAGAGAUGAAGCACCUGAUGGACCAAAUAAAAAAGAUAGUAAAGAAGAUAAAAAAGACAAAGAGAAAGUUAAAAUUGCCAAAAAGAUUGCUAAGGAUAUGGAAAAAUGGGCUAAAAGUUUGAAUGCUCAGAAAGAAGCUCAAAAAGAAGGCUUUAAAAGAACACCAAAUGCUCCCCAACAACCUGGAUCAUUUCCAUCACAUAAACAAGAGUCAGCUGCUGCCGAUGCUGGAUUUGCUAUGUUACAGAAAGUUAAAGAAGAUAUGUCAAUGAUGCCGCCACCACCAAUUAUGAAACCAUCAUCCAGUAAACCUGGUCUGGUGGCCUCAUACGGUGGUGACAGUGAUAGUGGUGAAGAGGAUGAUUCUACUGCUCCUCUUGAUGAAUCAAAACUUGUGGAUUGGGCAAAGUUAGCCUGUCUUCUUUGUAAGCGUCAGUUUCAGUCCAAAGAAAUUCUCAGCAAGCAUACUCAAGUUUCUGAUUUACAUAAACAAAAUCUGGAAGCACUAACAAAAUCUAAAGGUUCAUCAAGUGGUGGCAAAGUAGAGUAUCGUGACAGAGCAAAAGAGCGCCGUCAGAAGUAUGGAGCACCAGAACCUCCUGAACCAAGGAAAAGAAAAGAACGCGACUUCGAAGCCCCAAUCCCUGUUGUAUUUGAUGAACCAACUAAAAAAGGAAUAGGUGAUGAUAAUAUAGGCAAUAAACUGCUGCAGAAGAUGGGUUGGUCCCAAGGCAUGGGCCUAGGCAAGGCAAACCAGGGACGAACAGAUCCAAUAGAGGCAAAAAGAAGAAACCAGAUGGCAGGGCUUGGUGCGAGAGGAGCCAAUGUUGUAGCCGAUGUUGGGGAUAACUACAGAGAUGCCCUGAAGAAAACUAUGUAUGCUAGAUAUAAUGAGAUGGAUUGACACUUGUAGGAUAGUUUUCUUUCUUGUAAAUACCCAUUUCCCCUUUCUUCACUCAGCUUCUUUGACACUUUCUCAUGUGUGCAUAUUUUGUACAUUUCAUUUUGUGCACAGCUUAAAUUCAUUCAUUGGUAAUUUUCAUUGGAUUUUUUUUUAAUGCUGCAAGUGCGCUGCAUGAUGUUUGCAAUACAUGUAUGACAGUAAUUGUGCAGCUGAAUUCAUAAUUUUUACAGUGCAUUGAAUUUUCUAAUGCCCUGCUUGUGGGAAUCAGUUGAUAGUGAUAACACAGUGUACAUUUAGAACAAACUCUUGUAAAACAAAACCACCUUGUAAAAGCUUAUUGCUUUAUUUUCAUUCUGUACCAUUAUUUAUUCCACAUGUUUCUCAUCCACACAGUUGUUAUACACUUGUCAAGUUUGUAAUUAUACUCAAUGUUGUCUGUGGCUGUAAAUAAAUCUUUAACUCUGA